GGUUUAUUUUUGCACAAUAGAUUUCAGUCAUUUGAUGCUGAUCAUAUCUGUAAAUGUUUUCUGGUUUGGCCUCGUCUCUUCCUCUGGGCUCUGAUGAGCGGGCGGCGGUUCUGGUCCGGUCCGGGCUCGGUCUGAGCCAGCGGACCGGGUCAUGUGACGUUCAGGGAUUACAGAUUUUAAUCUGACUGUCAUGAAGCCCAGACAGGAAAAACUGAGCUGAACAGAGGAGGAAGGUCUGGCGGCGGCGAAGGAUUUCUGAGUCCAUUUUGGUUCUGAUGGAGAAUCAGAAAGGCUGAAGCUGCAGGUGCUGGCCGUCCAAGAUGGAGGCGGAAAACCUGGAUGAGACGGGAAACAGAACCAACAGUUUCCAGAGGAAGAAACCGCCGUGGCUGAAGCUGGACGUCCCGACCAUCCGGCUGACGCCGGACGAGCCGCCGCAGGCCAGUGCGCCACAGGUUGAGCCGCAUGCUGCUGCAGUCAGACGCAGCAACGAGACGCAAGACAAAAACGAAUUCCAGCCUGUGAAGCGAGUACGGAGUGUGAGCAUGCCCGGAGAAAAUCCACACACACACUCUGCUGCCAUGGAAACGUUCAACAUCUACCUAAAACCUCCAGUGGAGAAAAUGGCCGUCAUGCAGUCCAUCAAGAGUGAGAAGCGGGUUCGCUUCGACCGCCUGAACACCGUCCCUCCAAAGGGUCAGCGCCGCGCCAGGAGGGCGUCGACCGGCCGCCGGCGCUCCUGCGUUCCUAAAAUUCUGGCCCGGCGCCGCUCGUCUAUCCCCAAACAGAUCAUCAGGGGGACGGCUGAUUGGUUCGGCGUGAGUAAGGACGGCGACGGCGGCCAGCGCUGGAGGAGGCGGAGCCUGCAGCACUGCAGCCAUCUGUUCGGGGGCCUGAAGGCCCAGGUCGUGGACCCCCGCGCUCGCGGUCGGGCGUUCCGGAUGGGGGAUGAGCCGGACGGACCUGGCGCCCCUCAGACGCCGCUCACCCCAGGCUCCGCCUCCUUCUGCUCCUUCUCCAGCUCCGCCCUCAACAGGUUGCCACGGCGACGCAAGCGGGAGUCUGUGGCCGCCAUGAGCAUCAUGGCCGCCGCGGCGCUGAUGAAGGGUCGGAAGGCGGCUGACGGCGGCGCCAGGAAGCGGAGGCGGAGCUUCAUGCCUCCCAGUUUCUAUGACGAUGACACGACGGACUUCCUGGACGCUUCGUUCUUCGGCAGAGACAGUUUCCAGGAAGAGACGUCCAGCUUCGCCGACGACGUGUUUGAGACGCCGUCAGAGAGCGACCCGCAGCGGCCGGAUCCCGAGAGAGGAAACGCUCUGACAGGAAGUGCUCUGGACCGGACCAAGCUGGAGCGGACUCACCUGAUGCUGCCGCUGGAGCGAGGACGGCGGAAGGCGAAGGACGGCGCGCUGCCGCAGCGGGAGGCGGCGAGCGGGCCGCGGCGGCGCGGGCGCAGGAUCGCGGCGCCGGUCCAGAAGCUGUUCGCACGGGACAAGAGGAAGUACGGACUGGGGAUAGUGGGCCGGCUCACCAACCGGACCUACCGCCAGCGCCUGGACAGCUUCGUCCAGAAACAGAUCCAAGACAUGGACGACCACAGGCCUUUCUUCAGCUACUGGAUCACCUUCGUCCACCUGCUGGUCACCGUCCUGUCCGUGUCCAUCUACGGCAUCGCGCCGAUCGGAUUCACGCAGCACGAGACCGUCGACUCUGUGCUGAGAAAUAAGGGAGUUUAUGAAAACGUGAAGUUUGUGCAGCAGCAGAACUUCUGGGUCGGUCCGAGCUCGGAGGCGCUGAUCCACCUGGGUGCAAAGUUUUCUCCUUGCAUGCGUCAAGACGAAGAGAUCCAGCAGCUGAUUGAGGAGACGAAGGCCAGAGAACGACAGUCCGGCUGCUGCGUUCGGAACGACCGCUCCGGCUGCCUGCAGACGCUGCAGGAGGAAUGUUCGAACACCCUGGCAGUUUGGGUGAAGUGGCCUCAACACGCCAGCACUCCAUUUUUAAAGGGGAAACCAUGGCAACACGGCUCAGUGUGCCACCAGGACCCCAGAAUCUGCCAAGAACCCGCUUCAGUUUCACCGCAUGAGUGGAGCGACGACAUCACACAGUGGCCGAUCUGCACUAAGCUGGACUCUGGGAACCACACCAACCUGCCUCACAUUGACUGCAGCAUCACGGGCCGGCCCUGCUGCAUCGGCACCAAGGGACGAUGUGAAAUCACGUCCAGAGAAUACUGCGACUUCAUGCACGGAUAUUUCCAUGAGGAAGCUACGCUCUGCUCACAGGUGGCCUGUAUGGACGAUGUCUGCGGCCUGCUGCCGUUCCUCCACCCACAGAUCCCAGACCAGUUCUCCCGCCUCUGGCUGUCUCUCUUCCUGCAUGCCGGGCGGGCUGUGGCCGCGGCCUCUCCUGUGUCUCUGCAGCGUCCUGCACUGCCUGGUCUCCGUGUUUUUCCAGAUGUCGGUUCUCAGGGAUUUGGAGAAGUUGGCUGGCUGGCUCCGGAUCUCCAUCAUCUACCUGCUGAGCGGCGUCACAGGAAACCUGGCCUCCGCCAUCUUCCUGCCCUACAGAGCAGAGGUGGGUCCCGCCGGCAGCCAGUUCGGCAUCCUGGCCUGCCUCUUCGUGGAGCUUUUCCAGAGCUGGCAGAUCCUGGAGCGGCCGUGGCGAGCGUUCACCAAGCUCGCCGCCAUCUCUGUCUUCUUCUUCUCCUUCGGUCUGCUGCCGUGGAUCGACAACUUCGCCCAUGUCUGCGGCUUCCUGUCGGGCUUCUUCCUGUCCUUCGCCUUCCUGCCGUACAUCAGCUUCGGCCGCUCCAACUCGUACAGGAAGCGGCUCCAGAUCUGCGGCUUCCUGCUGGUUUUCCUGGGUCUGUUUGCCGCGCUGGCCGUCCUCUUCUAUGUUUACCCGCUCAAAUGCGACUGGUGCGAGCUCCUCACCUGCGUCCCGGUCACAGACAAGUUCUGUGAGAAGUACGACCUGAACGCACACCUGCUCUGAGCGUCGGAACCGGUUCAGAUAAUCGGUUCAGAUAACCGCUUCCUGGUGGCGCCGCAGGAACCUUCAGGAAACAUCACUUCUGGAUCAGGACGGACCAGAGGUCUGUGGCUCACAGCUGCUGCAGGGACAAAGGAAAACUGCCAAAAAAAACCUUUGAAAAUUUGAGAUUAAUCUCAGAAAUUUUGGUGGGGAAUUUAGAAAUUUCUGGGAACUUUCCCUGUUUUUUCUGGAACAUUUCUGUUUUUAAUCUUCGAGUUUCAGGUUUUUUUCUAGCAAAUUUGCAACAUUGCAAAAUCAGAAAUUUCCAACUUUCAAAUCUCAAAAUUUGCGUAUUUUAUAGACACUUUUUGACUUUCCAAACUCAGAAAUAUUCAUGUUUUUAUUUCUAUUUUGACAAAUUUCUGAGAAAAUUGUCAACAUUCUCUGUCAAGUUUUGGACUUUUAAAACUUAAAUUUCCACGGUUUUCUAGAAAACAAGGAAUUUCACACCUGAACACAAGGAGCAAAGUUAAACUGUCGGAGAAAUGGUUGUUUUUACUGUAAGCUGACGUCACACCGCCCCCCAGCGGCCAGGCGGAACAUGACAUGCCGUCGGAGAUAAACGUGCCUUAACUUCCUCCUCCAGACUCUCACUUCCUGCCUGGAAAUCAUUUUAGUGGCUGAGUUAUGAUUCAGUUACAGCCUUUAAUACACUUUGGUCAUGAAUGAAACGUUUUUAUAUCCUGUGGUAAAUAUUCAUCCUGUGAAUGAAGCAUUUAAAGCUGAAUUACAGUAAAAUCUCUUUCAGUGUUUUUUCUUGUUUUAUUAAAUUUUGUAGCGUUUUAGCUACUUUACAGCUGAACUGGACUUUUCCUGUUUGUUUCUCACUAACAGCUGACCUCUGGAGACUAGAGGUGAGAAACUGAAUAUUUUGGUUCAAUCCAACAAACUAAAUACUGGAUCAGUAUCACCAAUACUGAUAUACCGAUACAUUUGGUUAAGUCUGAUACAGCAUCAAACUUCUGACCAUCAGGGGUUUUUCUGUUUUUUUUUUGUUUGUUUGUUUUGUUUGAAUUGUUUUUCUAGAGGAAAUAAUUGAAUACAUUAAUAUGAUAACCUGAAACAAAACUAAGGUUUGUGCACAUUAUGCCAAAAAUAUUUGAGAUCAAAUCAAAACUGAUUUGAUCCAAAAUACUGGAACUAUUAAUCAAUGCUGGCGAGGUAACAUCAAUGCUUCAGUUUUAGAUUAUUUUAUUUAUUGCAGUUUCUCAAAUAUAUCUGAUAUUGUCCAGAUUCUGUCUGAAGUUUGAACAAAAAUAAUUAAAAUAAUAAAAUCAUCUAAAGGUCAGAAGCCUGAUGAUUUUUAAGCUUUAUUAUAUUUAUGAACAAAGUAUUGAUAUCAUCACUGGCCCUUUGUAUCGGAUCAAUACUAAAUAUCAAUGCUUCACAAUUGAUAUUCAUGUCUCCAGUUCAACUUCAUCAGACAAAUUAAACCUUUUUCUGUCUGCAGAGUUAAAUUAAGACGUUUGAUCAAAACUAUAAUGACAUUGUUCCAUUUUUCAUUUCCUAAAACUUUCCAGAUUAUAUGAUUCCUACAUGAAAAACAAAAUAAAUAUUCGUUCCUUCGAUAACCGCCAGAUGGCGCUAGGGGAGUAUUUCUGGGUAAAAACCUGCAACCUGUCGCUGUUCUGUUGAUUAAAUCAGGUUUUCUAAAGUCAUCAACCAGAAAACAUGUUGGUUUCUUCUUGGAUCCGCACACACACACACACACACACACACACACACACACACACACACACACACACACACACACACACACACACACACACACUGAAAGCAAUGCUCUGGAUCAAAAAACAUGAAGUAAAACAGCAUCAAAGAGGUGAAAAAAUAUUAUUAAAUGUUUGAGAUUCUGGUCAAAUUUAUUUUCUCAGUUGAUAAAAAUGGAAAUCAGAUGAAGAAUAUUUGACCAGAUGAAUUGGGUGAAUAUCUUGUUACUUUCAAUAGGCCAUGUAAGUUACACAAACUUGAUUAAGGUAGCUGUAGCUACAUUUUAGCAUCGUUAGAGAAAAGCGAAGCCAGCAGAUGUUCAGCUCUGAAUUAUUUCAUUUUUAAUGUAUUCUAAUAUUGUAUAAAAAGGGUUCAAGUGACUGAAUAAAAAAAUCUGCAGAA